AUGCCCAGGACGGAACAGGUGACCUGCUAUCACUGUGGCGUGCUGGGCCACAUGAGACCCGAUUGCCCGACCCUGAAGGGCAGCCCAAAGCCAGCAGUGCAGGCCAACUCCAUUACCCUGAGCACUCAGGCUGAACCAAGCCUCAACAGCGCCACCUUGAGUCCAGGUGCAAGCACAGCGAUGGCUAAUGCCAACCCCAUUGUCUCCAGUGGUCUGGGGGGAGGGGAUGAGCUCACCAGUUAUGUCAGGACUGAGGCUUGGCAAGGGAGUGAGAGGUUUAUUAAGGAAGCAAAGGUCAAUGGUGUUGAAUGCAUGGGAUGGCGAGACACAGGCUCUGAUGUAACAAUAGUCAAGGGACAUCUGGUGAAGCCAGAGGACAUGUUGCCAGGGGAGUAUGUGACAAUAGUGGCACUAUCUGAGUACUCUGUGGACCUGCCAAUGGCUAGGAUCCACCUUGAGUGGGAUGGCUUUCAAGGGGAGGUGAAGGCUGCUGUCCGGGAUUUAAUCCCGGCGGAUGUUUUGGUAGGAAAUAACAUACUGAGGGUGAAUGGCCACGUGAAUGUGGUGACCAGGUCGCAGAAAGAGUUGGUGCCUGGGGCAGAUACCUUGACUGAGGCCAGUGAGGGGGACGGCGAACAGACAGAGAGUGUCUCUCAUGAUGAAGCAGGUGAGGGUUUGUCUGAAGUUUCAGAGAUGGCUCUGAAUUCAAACAAAACCCAAAAUGAAUUCAUUGCGGCUCAGCAAAGUGAUGUAUCUCUGGAGAGAGCCAGGAAUGAUGCCCAAAGUCAGGUCCCAUCCAGUGAAGAGAGAGGCAGGUUUUUUAUGCAGGAUGGGCUGUUGUAUAGGGAGCCGCCCAGGGGAAGGAAGAAUUCCCAAGCAGCAGCUCACAAACAGCUUGUGGUACUGGAGAGUUACCGCAGUGAUUUGUUGAAGUUGGCUCAUGAUGGUCCAUUUGCAGGACAUCUGGGUGUAGGCAAAACAUGUGACAGGCUAGAGCAAAAUUUCUACUGGCCUCACCUCUUUGGGUCGGUGAGAGAUUACUGCAGGAGCUGUGAACUGUGCCAGAAGCGUAAGGGGUUAAGAGGGCCUAGCAAGGUGCCCCUCCAGCCUCUGCCUGUUAUUGGGGAGGCUUUUGCCAGAGUGGCUGUGGAUAUUGUGGGGCCAUUCCCAAGACCCUCCAGAAAUGGGAAGAAAUACAUUCUGGUGUUGGUAGAUUUUGCUACCAGAUAUCCUGAGGCUGUAGCCUUGGCUAAUAUUGAGGCAGAGACAGUGGCAGUGGCCUUGUUCUCUAUUUUCAGCAGGGUGGGUUUUCCUAAAGAAAUAUUGUCUGACCGUGGGUCUAACUUCAUGUCCGUGGUUUUCAAGCAGUUGUGGGAGUUAUGUGGGGUAAAGCACCUGAAGGCUGCUCCCUACCACCCCCAGACUAAUGGCCUAGUGGAAAGGUUCAAUGGAACCCUAAAGUCUAUGCUGAAAAUGUAUGUUGAUAGACGCCAGAAUGACUGGGAUGUUCUGCUGCCGUAUCUAUUGUAUGCGUACAGGAGUGUGCCCCAAGAGUCUACAGGGUUUGCUCCCUUUGAGCUGCUCUAUGGGAGGCAGGUCCGGGGGCCCCUAGAUUUGGUCCGUGACUCGUGGGAAGGUAAUGUGAAGGAGACAGAGCAGCCAGUGGCUGAGUAUGUGGCUCAGUUCAAGGAGAGUUUGCAGGAGAUGAUGAAGUUGGUUGAGCAGAAUCUGAAGGAGAGCCAGGAUUCUCAGAAAGCCUGGUAUGAUAGAGAUGCUAAGGAGAGAGCGUUUGAAAUAGGGGACAUGGUAUUGGUGUUAGAUCCUGUCCGGAGGAACAAAAUGAAAGAUGUUUGGAUUGGGCCCAUGGAGGUAGUGGAGAAAAUUAAUGAGGUGACCUAUGACGUGGGAAAGCCAGAGCUCCAGGGAAGUGUGCAGACAGUGCAUGUGAACAGAAUGAAGGCUUAUCAUGCAAGGGAGGUAAAUGUAAACAUGAUCUGUUGUGCUGAGGAAGAGGCAGUGUCUGUCCCUUUGAUUGACAUGGUUGCUGAAACCCAGGAAGAGACGCCUCUUGAGAGCAUUGAGAUGGGGGAGGGUUUAUCCCCCCCUCAAAGAAAGGAGCUGCUAAUGUUGUUAAAACACCACAAGCGAACCUUCUCCAACAGGCCAGGGCUCACUGAUAGGAUGACACACUCCAUUCAGACGGUGGGUCCCCGCCCAGCUCCUAGCAGAGCUUACAGGGCCAAGGGAGACAUGCAAAGGCAGAUCCAGGAGGAAGUAAAAAGCAUGCUGACAAUGGGGGUAAUUACCCAAUCCAUGAGCCCCUGGGCCUCUCCCAUUGUGAUGGUGCCAAAGAAGGAUAAAACCAUGAGGUUUUGUGUGGAUUACAGGAAGCUAAAUGCGAUCACUCAGCCUGACCCUUACCCCACACCCAGAAUAGAGGAUCUAUUGGAUACACUGGGGGGGGCAAAAUUUAUAAGCACCCUGGAUUUGACUAGGGGAUAUUGGCAAAUUCCCCUAGAUGCUGAUGCACAAGAAAAAUCCGCUUUCAUAGUGGAAUCUGGCCUGUAUGAGUUCAAAGUGUUGCCCUUUGGGAUGCGUAAUUCAGGGGCUACUUUCAUGAGACUUAUAAACGAGGUCCUACGGGGAUUAGAGUCUUUUGCCAGGGCCUAUAUAGACGACCUGGCCAUAUUCAGCAGUUCGUGGCAAGAUCACCUUAACCACGUAGGGGUUGUGCUGCACCGGCUCAGAGAGGCCAAUCUAACUGUUAAGGUGUCUAAAUGCAGAAUGGGAGCUGCUGAGGUGACCUACCUGGGGCACAGGGUGGGCAAUGGGCAACUGCGCCCUGAGCCUUUGAAGGUGGAGGCCAUUAAGAGCUGGCCUGUCCCUAGAACUAAGAAACAGGUCCAAUCGUUCAUUGGUCUGGCCAACUACUACAGGAGGUUUGUUCAGGGAUUCAGUGACAUUGUUGCUCCCAUCACAGACCUGACGAAAAAGGAAAAACCGGACCAGGUGCGAUGGACCGAGGCCUGUGAGCAGGGAUUUCAAAGCAUCAAGAAUGCUUUGGCUAAAGAGCCGGUUUUGGCCAGCCCAGAUUUUAGCAAACCUUUUCUGCUGUGUACAGAUGCUUCCAAUAUCGGGCUUGGUGCAGUACUGAUGCAAGAAGGGGAAGGUGAUAAAAGACAUCCCGUGGCGUAUCUAAGCAAGAAAUUGUCCCCCACUGAGCAAAAUUAUGCUACCAUUGAGAAGGAAUGUUAUGCCAUUGUCUGGGCUGUCAAGCAGCUUAGGCCCUAUUUGUACAACAAAAGUUUCACUGUGUUGAGUGAUCAUGCCCCUCUGGUCUGGCUGCACAAGGCCAAAGGUACCAACUCCAGAUUGCUGCGCUGGAGUUUGGCCCUUCAAGAGUAUGAAAUGGAUAUAAUCCACAUAAGGGGGAAGGAAAAUAUCGUAGCUGAUGCAUUGUCCAGAGUGGGGAGCUCUUAG